AUGAGAAAGCAAGUAGCUUUUGAUCGGUAUGAAGAAAAUCUUUUUGAAGGAACUAGUGCUGUUACACCACGAGAUGAAAGCAAUAGAAUCACACGGCCUCAUCAUGUGCCAACACCAAAGAUGUCUGGUCGGAAGAAAGCUCUUUUCAACAACGUAGACCAAAUAUCGCGGCAGACACCUGAAUCAAUGGAAGAAGAGUCGGAUUUAGGACCCAUGAGUCCUCUUAAAUUCAGCAAUAGUCCGAAAAGGCCUCCAGUGAAAGCACUAAGCAUCACUUCCUUCCGUAACAUCCUUGGAAAUGCUUCUCCGGAAAGUGAUCGAUCACUUUCGCCGGACUUUGAACGUCGUUUCAGCCAUUCAGAGCUUUAUGAGAUACUGCCUGCUUCGUACGAUAAAGAAAACCACAUGUUAGACGAAGAGACACGACUGUCGUUUCCAAGCGAAACGCCUCGUGUGCGAACGCCUGCUCAAAGUGCGCUAUUAGACGAAACAAACUCCAACAGCUUAUCCUUGUUGAUGAGCUCCGAUCUGAACAUUGUUGAAAAGCGGUCCCAUGUAUUAAAAACACCUGGUCUAUCUGAAGCGAAUGGUCAAAAAAAGGAACCGAAGUUAACCUUCCGAAAGUUAAGCUUUAACGAGAAUCCAUUGACGCCAAGCGUUGAAAACGAACCACGUACUCUUAGCGAUCUAACCAACGAAAGCAAAGCACGAACUUCCCUCUCAUUCAGCGACUUACGUCCUAUUUCCACAAAAUCAUUCUACUCUUCCGCCACUAGCCAGGAAGCCGUCCACAAACCAGUUCUCAGAACUAAACAAAUGUCAUCAAUUUUCCCCGUUAAAACAUCUACAAAACGAUCAUUAUCAAAUCAACGAAAGCGUCCAAGCACAAAAAUCCGCGAUAGUUCUAUACGAUUGGGAAACUUCAAUCGAGGAGUUUUUCAUAAAAUCAAAAAACCAACGGCAAAGAAAAACAAUGUUAUGAAAAAGCUUUCCACAAGUCAGGUUUUGGAAUCUACUUCCUCUUUCUUGAAUAUAUCGCUGGAAAAGGCAGAAAAAAGCAAAUCUGCCUCUUCAACGCCCCAGGAGCCGAAACUGCUGCAGCAAUUGACUUGCAUUAAACAACUAUUACACAGCAGUAAAAACCCCAUCAAGCGGGCUCGUCCAUUAUCAUUGUCCAAAUCGAUGACCGAUCUGGCUGGUUUGUCUCCGUACAGCAAUGAAGUGGAAUCCGAUCGAAGCGACGAAGACGAGGUGAAGCAGUACGAUAGUGACGAUGCCAAAUCGGAGGGCGGUAAUCGUAAAUUUUUCAAAGCUAACUCCAAUCGACGAAUCAAGCGAGAGUACAAAAUUAUCAACAAUGUUUCGGCGACGGUGCGGAAGGGAGGAAAAAUUACACUCAAUCGGAGUAAGGAGAAGAAGCGGAAGUACCAGUCGAUGUUUGACGAAGAAUUUAAUUUCGAAUCCGAACAGCUUGAGGUAGACGACAUCAUCAACAAGCUCAACCAAUCGCAGAUGGAGUAUAGUCACACUAUUUGCGACCAACAACGAUCACCUGAAAUGGACCAGCUGGAGCCUAGUAAACCCUCAGGAAAUGAAACGGAACAAAAUAUCACCGACUCUCUGCACAUCGAUAUCAGCAACGACGAACCUAUCCCGAUGCAGUCUAAUAUUAUUCUCGUUGAUAGACUUUCUCCACUCAUUACGCCCUCGCAAGAAAGCACCUCGGCCGAAGGGGCAAGCUGUAAUCAGAUUCCCUAUAACGAGUCUCCCAUGACUCGGACACAAUCGCUGGUCUCCGAAGGGGCCAUACAAUCUACCAACGUCCGACUGCAUGAGUGUCCACAAUCAGAGCGAGGUCAGGAGGAAAAAUUAUUUCCCAUUUUCAACAAAAAUCACCAGCGUCAAGUGGCAGAUAUUGAUUCUUCUCGGGAGCCUAAUUAUAGUUUGUUUGAUUCGCGUCGAAGGCAUUAUAACAAGCUACAUCAUUGGCGACCGAUCGGUUCCAAUCAGUAUCAGAUUGAUGCCGGUCAGAAAGAAUAUGGAGCGCAGCAUUGUCGCGAGUGCGGUUUGGUUUAUAGCGUCCACGAACCGGAGGAAGAACUUAUUCACGAAAACUAUCAUAAUUCAUUGCACAAGCUUAGGUUUGCGGGUUGGAGCAAUGAACCUGUGAUCGCUCGCGUUCCGGAGUGGGAUGUUUCGGGCAGAAUCUUAGCCGUUACGAUAGCCGAAGGCAAACAAAAGUUGCAGAAAGUGAAUGAUGUUCUUUCCGUUGUGGAUCGCGAGCUAGGCUACAUCGAACCGUGUCAACUGCUGAUGGGUUCGGUAGUAUAUCUUGCCGUGGCCCGCUCGUUGGUGCUGGGAGUUUGUGUAGCUCAACCGCUUCAACAAGCAAAUCGGUUGCUCACGAUCGAAGGUAUUGAGGGAUCUAUUGAUUGCUGCACGAUGGAAACCUACCCGGCAAAAUGUGGAAUCUCACGGAUAUGGGUAUCACCAAACUUUCGAGGUUACAAAAUUGCUCGAACGCUGCUCACGGUUAUGAAGUCUCACUUUAUCUUCGGUUAUCCCUUAAGCUACGACGAAAUUGCUUUUAGUGCUCCGACCGAGGCUGGCAAACGCUUAGCGGAAAGUGUAACAGGACGAAAGGAUUUUUUAAUCUACAUGUAAUUUGCAUUAUUUUACCCACUUAUGUAUAGGUUAUAUGUUUUACUCUGUUAGUACCGUUUUCUUACUGAAAACUAUCAGCUUUACUUAAUUUGAUCACGACAAUUUCUUAAUUCUCCCAAAAACAAAAAAUCGCAGAACACAUUUUAUGCCAUUUUAACGCUAAAGGCCAUUCGAUUGAUGAAUGAAUGUUUAAAUAAAGUAAGCCGUUGUGGUUAUAUAUUUCCCAUA